UUCAUAGGUUAUGCAUAUGUUUAUAAUGGAUCAAGGUUAUCAUAAACGUGCAAUAUUGUAACAACUAAAUGAUUAAUCACGUCUAUCAGAUCCAUACAGAAUUACGGAAAAAAAAUCGAUUUCCCUUUUACUUAUUCUUCAACGAUCGUAUGUAGAGUUAAUUGUGAUAGAAUUCUGUGAACGAAAAACUCUUUUGACUAACACGAAACAAAACGAUCCAAGCAUGUCUGCAUCACCGAUUGCUAGGCAAGCUACACAAAGCCAAAGUAUUCCUUCGAAGAAAGUCGUCUUCAACGAUCCCAGUCAGUUGCCUGUCGAUUAUUCCUCCACUCCUGGUGGAACGCUAUUCUCAACUACACCUGGAGGUACCCGCAUAGUUUAUGAACGAGAUUUUUUGAUGAAUUUACAAAAUUCGCCCAUAUCUCGAACACCACCGCAAAACAUAUCGUCUAUACCAACGGAAUUAUUGAAGAACACCACAGUUAGCUCACCGACUGGGAAAAAUCAAACUAAUAGAGAUACUCCAAUAAUCGAGGAAUCUGCGGAACAGUUUGAGAUGGAUAUGUAAAAGAAUUUGUGAUGAUACAUUUGCGUUGGAUCUACCAUUUGUACGAAUAGUAAUCAAUCGAUAUAACACAGGGGAGAACGUAUUAGCAACGUAUCUUUUUUGUAUAAAUAAAUAUUGUCUGAGAUCCUUGCAGAUAUAAGUCUUUGUACAAUUUCAUUCAGAGAUGUUAAAUAUAACGAUACA